AUGAUAUUUCAAACAGAAAUCUAUUGUUUGAUUAAUCAUUUAUUAUGUUUUGUUAAGAUUCAGGAGCAACCUAUAGAAAUACCAAUAAUGCAACAGCUAAAUCAAAAACGAUCAUUGAAUAAAGCACGAAACAAAUUGAUUAAAUCAAGCAGAUUUUGGGGAAAACGCAAGGAUGAUAUGUUUGACGAGGGUAAACAAACUUUAAUGUCUCGUGGCAUCAAUUUCGAUGAACAAAAUAGACGACCAGACCGUCAGAAGUUUGGGCUUGCAAUGUCAAGUCGUUUUUGGGGCUAA